AUGGGUGUCCUCGACAUUGUACCUGCCGGAGUUUUGACCGGCGAAAACGUUCGCAAGCUGUUCGAUUACGCUAAAGAACACAACUUCGCGAUCCCCGCUAUUAAUUGCACUUCGUCUUCGACGGUCAAUGCAGUCCUCGAAGCUGCUCGUGACAUCAAGUCGCCGAUCAUAAUACAAGUUUCCCAAGGCGGAGCUGCCUACUUCGCUGGCAAGGGGCUAUCCAAUACGAACCAAGAGGCGUCCAUCCUCGGCGCUGUAGCGGCUGCCCACCAUGUUCGCACUGUCGCGAAGGCAUAUGGCGUACCCGUCAUCCUCCACUCCGAUCACUGCGCACACAAGUUGCUUCCCUGGUUCGACGGCAUGCUCGCUGAGGACAAGAAGUACUUCGAUCAGCACGGCGAGCCCCUGUUCUCUAGCCACAUGCUCGACCUCAGCGAAGAGCCCAAGGAUGAGAAUAUCAAGACGUGUGUCGAAUACUUCACCAAGAUGGCCCCUCUCGGUCUCUGGCUCGAGAUGGAGAUCGGUAUCACUGGUGGCGAGGAAGACGGUGUCGACAACACCAACGUGGACAACAACAAGCUGUACACUCAACCGGAGGAUGUCUACGACGUUUACGACGCCUUGAUCAAGAUCAGCCCCAACUUCAGCAUCGCCGCCGCGUUCGGUAACGUCCACGGCGUCUACAAGCCCGGGAACGUUCGCCUCCACCCCGAACUUCUCCACAAGCACCAGAUCUUCACCGAGCAGAAGACCCAACAGAAAAAGCCUCUCUACCUCGUUUUCCACGGCGGAUCUGGUUCAACCAAGGACGACAUCAAGACCGCCGUCGAGAAUGGUGUCGUGAAGAUGAACGUCGAUACCGACACUCAAUUUGCGUACCUCUCCGGUAUCCGCGAUUUCGUCCUCAACAAAAAGGACUACUUGCUUUCGCAAGUCGGCAACCCCGAUGGCGCUGACAAGCCCAACAAGAAGUACUACGAUCCUCGUGUCUGGGUGCGCGAAGGCGAGAAGACCCUUUCGCAGAGGGUCAAAGAGGCCUGUGCUGACCUAGGCAACGUCGACCGCCUUUGA